AACCGGGCGGGGCGCGAGGGGUUUCGGGCGGCGCUACCCGAGCGCUGCAGAUCACCCUCCGCACUGCAGGGGGCGCGCUAACCUCGUGUGGCCGGGGCUGCUCCUGCCGCCGGUGCACGUGGGGCCGCGGGGUCGGUCCGCUCCGCUCCGAGCGCCGCUCCCGGGCGCCGCGAUGUUCGAGGAGGAGGAGUGGAACGAGGGCGCGGACGGCCUCGCGCUGCCACGGGCCGUGCCGGAGUUUCGCGGUGAUGCCAAAGGCUCUCAGCCGCCGGUCUCCGCCGCGGUGGAGCGGAAGCGGCGGCAGCGCCUCGUGGCCACCCUGCGGCGGCUGCAGGCGGCGGGCGCGGCUCCGGUGGGGGACGGCGAAGCGGCUCGAAAGCGGCCCAGGAAAUGCGCGGGGACCGCGAGGGACCGAACCGCGGCGGAGGCGGCCGUGGAGGGGCGGCGACCUCAAGAUGGGGGCGGCGCCGCUGGGACUGGGGCUGAGCUGCCCCCGGGUGUCCCGAAGCCGCCCCGGCGGAACGCGGAGCCCGCGGUGGGGGAUUCGGCGGCCGCGGCGCCUCGGCUCACUCGAAAGCAGUGGCGGAACAAACAGAAGAACAAACGGCGGCAGGAGAAGUUGAAAGCGGAGAAGAACGCCGGCAGAGGUGGCGGUACCGGACAGGCGGCACCGGAACCCGCUGACCCAGCCGCGGUACCCACCGGGCGGUCGGCGGCGCUGCGGGCGCGCAUGGAGGAGCGGCUGCUGGCGGCGCGGUUCCGAUACAUCAACGAGCGGCUCUACACCGGCAGCAGCCGCGACGCCGUUCAGCUCUUCCAGAGCGACCCCGAGGCGUUCCAGAUCUACCACCGCGGCUUUGCACAGCAGGUGGGGCGCUGGCCACAGAACCCCGUGGAUCACAUCAUCCAGCGGCUGCGGCAGCGGUCAGCCUCGCUGGUUGUGGCAGAUUUUGGGUGCGGGGACUGCAAGAUUGCCAGCAGUGUCCGGAAUAAGGUGCACUGCUUCGACCUGGUGCCUCUCAGCCCACUUGUCACCGUCUGCGACAUGGCUGAGGUGCCGCUGGCAGAUGAGUCAGUGGACAUUGCAGUUUUCUGCUUGGCGCUGAUGGGCACCAACCUGCAGGAGAUCCUAGAGGAAGCCAACCGCGUGCUGAAGCAGGGUGGUACCCUGAUGGUGGCCGAGGUUGCCAGCCGUUUUGAGGACCUCCGAGCCUUCAUGAAUGGAAUGGCUCAGCUGGGCUUCAGGAGCGUCAACAAGGACCUGUCCAGCACCUUCUUCUACCUCCUGGAGUUCACCAAGGCGGGGCCGCCGCGACGUCGGCCCUGCGCGGGGCUGCGGCUGCUGCCCUGCCUGUACAAACGGCGCUGAGCGGCGGGACUUCCGGU